AUGGAUGCGGUUGUACAGGCGGCAAUUCAGCGAAGACAGGCAGCUAUAACUGCUUUUCUAUCAAUUGAAUCAAUAAAACAAACAGAUAAAGAAAAGCGCCUAGGUCUCCUUUCUUUUGCUGUUCCUGUUAAAGGCGACACCGAAAUAUUUGUGGUGGGUUGCGGUAGUAAUGUUGUAAUAAUUAAAUGGGAUAGUUACACAAAUAUUGACUUUCCACCUUACUACGUAUUGAACUCGCCGCACCGCCCUGAUGACCCCCUUCCCCUAGGCAACAGACUGGGUUAUGGAAGUGUCGAUUACGCAAAAAGACUAUAUUUUGCGACGACAUACGAUCAUCCGGACAAUCAUGCACGCAAUUUGGGAAGUGUGUACUCCUUGGAUACUAAUGGGAUUCUUGAGAAAAAAAUGUGGAACCUUGGUUCGGUCACUGGUGGAUUCGUGUGGGACCUAGCACGACGUCGUAACUUUUUUAGCCUGCGUGAACAUCGGUCUGCCAAAUUCUAUUACGCCGAUACUCUAAACAAUUACAUCUUAGGCUACGAUUUUUCGACAAAUAAUGGAGAUCUUGACAGAAGAGAAGAACUGUUUGAAUUCCUACAUCAUCAAGAAAACAGCGCUCCUGGUCGUAUGGCAAUUGAUAACAGAGGUUGGCUCUGGGUGCCUCUUCUUGGACGUCACAGAGUAAUUGAAUUAAAUCCAUUUGAUGAAACGGCGCAUCGUGUUAUUCACAUACCCGCUGUAAAUGUCGGCGGAUGCACUUUCGGAGGGCCUAACUGGGAUAUUUUAUAUGUAUCAACAAUAGGAUAUAAACAUAAUUAUGAACGUCCACCAGGCGAUGAAGGUGGUCAUAUUUUCGCUAUCUACGGUCUUCAAGUUAAGGGUGUGCCGACAAGGGAGUACUCCUUAAGUUCCGUGGUACUAGGCCAGGCCUCUAUAGAGCUAGGAGAAAUCACGUCCUUGCUCACUCGUGGUGAGAGAAAUUCUAGGAUCAGGCGCUAUCGUGGUAGGGGAAGUUCCCACGCGUAA